AUGACGUAUAGACUUAUCGUGAGUGCCUUGCCGCUAGGUUCGUAUUGCUGCUUUGGGGCCACUAUGUUUUUGCGCCCUUUAGACCGCUAUGCUUAUGCGCUUUUAGGGCCGCUAUGUCUUGCAUUUUUGGGCUGUGGUGAUGGUGGUGGUGAUAGUGUAGUUGGUGGUGGCCGUGGUGGUGGUGGUGGUGGAGGUGAAGGUGGUGCUUGCCGUGCUGGUGAGUGUGAUAGUGGUGGUGGAGGUCGUGGUGAUGGUGGUGGUGGUGGUGGUGGAGGAGGAGGUGAAGGUGGUGCUGGUCAUGGUGGUGGUGGUGGCGUUAAUGGUGAUCGCUGUGCUUGUGUUAAUGGUAGAGGAGGUGGUGGUUCUGGUGGUCAUGGUGGACACAGUGGCCGUGGUGCUGGUAGUGGUGGUCGUGGUGAGCGUGGUGUGGUGGUGGUGCUGGUGGUGAUGAUUGGUAAUGAUGUUGGUGAUGGUGUUGGUGGUCGUGGUUGUUGUAUUGGUGGCCGUAGAGGUGGUGGUUGUGCUUAUGGUCGUGGUGGUGGUGACCGUGGUGGUGGUGGUAGUGGUCCUGAUAGUGAUAUGGUCAUGGUGGUGAUGGUUGUGAUGGUGGUGAUGGUGCUCGUGGUCGUGGUGGUGGUUAUGGUUGUCAUUGUGGAGGUGGUUGUCGUGGUUGUGAUGGUUGUGGUGAUUGUGAUGGUAAUGGUGGUGGUUAUGGUGGUGGUGGUGGUUGAUGUGGUGAGGGUUUAA